GGGGGGGGAAGAGUUGGCCGGCGGAACCGGAAGUGGAAGGGGCCGUGCGGCCGGAAGUGCGGGCGCUGAGGGGCGGCCAUGGGCCGCAGCCGCUCCCGGUCGCCGCCGCGGCGCGAGCGCAGGCGUUCGCGGUCCACUUCCCGGGAGAGGGAGAGGAGGCGAAGAGAGCGAUCCCGGUCCCGGGACAGGGACAGGAGGAGGAGCCGUUCUCGCUCCCCGCACAGGAGACGGUCCAGGUCGCCGAGACGGCACCGAUCCAGCUCCUCCUCCCCGCCGCGGCUGAAGGAGAGGCGGGAUGAAGAGAAGAAGGAGAUAAAGGACUCCAAAGGCAAAGAGCGUCAGAUCACGGAGGAAGAUUUGCAGGGCAAGACAGAAGAGGAAAUCGAGAUGAUGAAAACAAUGGGCUUCGCCUCUUUCGACACGACAAAAGGGAAGAAGGUGGAUGGUGCCGCAAACGCGUACGCCAUCAAUGUGUCCCAGAAGAGGAAGUACAGGCAGUACAUGAACAGAAAAGGAGGAUUCAACAGACCCCUGGAUUUCAUCGCUUGACGCUGGGAUCCCUCGGGGGGGGGGAAAAACCACCCGCCGAGAAGGGCUUCGCUUCCUCACGCACGCCCGGGCGGCUCCGAGAGACCGGAUUUCAGAGGAAUUUGGGCUUAUUCCCAACAAAUCCGGCUGCGCUCGCCCUGCCCCGCAGCCAGAGCCGGG